AUGCCCCCUGGGGCCAACAAUCUGGGUGAUAAUAGGUUUGCCCUAUUAUCCACAGCCCAGAAGACUAAAAGAAAAAAGCCUGAACAAACAACGUUGGACCAAUUUCCGGAACUCCCGAUAACAAAGAAGGAUGACCCCAAAUACCUCGUCAUUAAGUCGCGGGAUGCCAGUAAACCUAUUACAUCCAUCUCCUGCUUUGCGAUUUAUAAAGGUAUUCAAUCUAUCAGUAAAGAUAUUAACAACAUUUCGUCACUUCGCGAUGGCAGCCUACUCCUCCUUGUAAAAAAUCAAAAAAUUGCUGAUAAAUUCCUUUCCACUACGAAUCUACCCGGUGCAGGCGCUGUUGAAGUCGCUCUUCACAGCACCCUUAACUCAGUCAAGGGCACAAUUUAUGCCCCCUUUAUUUGCCAACUUAGCGACGAUGAAAUAAUCGAAGGUCUCAAGGAACAAGCUAAUCCCAAAGGUCGAAUUAUUGAAGAUUUUAUACUUGGUUCUAACUGCAUUGUUCUUAAUGACGGUUCCCCCACCCACUUUUCCACUCACUCUUCCUUUACACAUAUUGACCUAUCGCUUUGUUCCUCAUCCCUACUCACUAAAACCGAAUGGCUCCGGAUUGAUGACCUACAUGGUAGCGAUCACUUCCCCAUUCUUUCUAAAAUUUCCUCUCCCCAUCAUGCAUCCCGGUUUAAAACUAGAGUACACUUUAAAACAGACUUGGCUGAUUGGGAUAAGUUUGAACAUUUCUGCGAAUCUCUUUCCUGUCUUUUCCCCAUUUCGUCCAAUGUCCAUCAGGAGUCCUCACGUAUUCAAAAAAUUAUCCGUUCUGCAGCCAAUUAUUCCAUACCUCAGUCCUCCUCUAAAUCACUCAAACCUGCACCUCGUUGGUGGAAUAGUGAACUUUGUGCGUUGAGACAACAAAAACAAUUUGCUUGGCACCAAUUUAAGCGCACUCGCUCAAAUGCUAACUUGAUGCAAUACAAAAAAUCUAAUGCGAUUUUUCGUCGUAAGGCGAAAGCUGCUAAAGUACUCUGUUUUCAAAAGUUCACUAGCGAAAUCAAUUCCUCUUCUAACCAAAAAAAGAUCUGGGCUGACAUAAGGAGACUGUCUGGUUUAACCUCCUUUUCUCCGAUUUCUCUCCUCACUUCUCCUCGUGGCAACCUACUAUAUCCGCAAGAUAUAGCCUUAGAAUUUGCGCUUCACUUUUCCAACGUUUCCUCGGAUUCCAGUUUUUCUCCUGAAUUUUCCUCCAGCAAACUGUCCAUUCUCUCCUCCCUUUACCUUCCUCCCUCGAACUUGUCUUCUUCAGCUAGUUAA